CAGAGACUUGUGCUGAAAAAUUGGCUUCUUCUGUAGUGAACAAUUUCAUAUCUUGAGAAUCUUGCCAACAAGAAUUACAACACUGUCAUCCUUUACUUACAUCGAAGCCCGCAGCCCGGCUGAAGCCAUGCCCUGUGUUCAGGCUCAGUAUGGGUCAUCGCCUCAAGGAGCCAGCCCAGCUUCCCAGAGCUACAGUUACCACUCUUCAGGAGAAUACAGCUCCGAUUUCUUAACUCCAGAGUUUGUCAAGUUUAGCAUGGACCUGACCAACACUGAAAUCACUGCCACCACUUCUCUCCCCAGCUUCAGUACAUUUAUGGACAACUACAACUCCAGCUACGACGUCAAGCCACCUUGCUUGUACCAAAUGCCAAUCUCUGGCCAACAGUCUUCAAUAAAAGUUGAAGAUAUUCAGAUGCACAGUUACCAACAGCACAGCCACCUCCCACCCCAGCCCGAUGAGAUGAUGCCACAUUCGGGCUCAGUCUACUACAAAUCCGCUUCACCCCCAACUUCAAACACCCCAGGUUUCCCCGUCCAGCACAGUCCAAUGUGGGAUGACCCUGGCUCCCUUCACAGCUUCCAUCAAAACUAUGUGGCCACCACCCACAUGAUUGACCAGAGGAAAGGUCCUGUCUCCAGACUCUCCUUGUUCUCUUUCAAGCAGUCUCCACCUGGGACACCAGUGUCUAGUUGUCAAAUGAGGUUUGAUGGCCACCAUAUGUCUAUAAACCCAGAAGCAUCAGGAGCCCAUCAUUUGGUUGACGGACAGACUUUUGCAGUUCCUAACCCCAUCAGAAAACAGACAUCCAUGGGCUUUCCUGGACUUCAGCUUGGUCACCCAUCCCAACUCAUUGACAGUCAAGUUCAUUCACCACCAUCCAGAGGUUCCCCGUCCAACGAGGGUCUCUGUGCGGUUUGUGGAGACAAUGCUGCCUGCCAACACUAUGGAGUUCGUACCUGUGAAGGAUGCAAAGGAUUUUUCAAGCGCACUGUGCAGAAAAACGCCAAAUAUGUAUGCUUAGCAAAUAAAAACUGUCCGGUGGACAAACGACGUAGGAAUAGGUGUCAGUACUGUCGCUUCCAGAAGUGCCUUGCAGUUGGGAUGGUGAAAGAAGUGGUUCGCACAGACAGUCUAAAAGGUCGAAGAGGUCGCUUACCAUCUAAACCCAAGAGCCCCCAGGAGCCGUCGCCCCCCAGCCCCCCGGUGAGUUUGAUCAGUGCCCUAGUGAGAGCCCACGUCGAUUCCAACCCGGCAAUGAGCAGCCUGGACUAUUCCAGGUUUCAAGCAAACCCAGACUUCCAAAUGAACGGAGAAGAUACUCAGCACAUACAACAAUUCUAUGACCUGCUUACUGGCUCCAUGGAGAUCAUCAGAGGUUGGGCUGAAAAAAUCCCCGGGUUUUCUGAACUGCACAAACAGGACCAAGACCUUCUCUUCGAAUCAGCUUUCCUAGAACUCUUUGUUUUAAGAUUAGCCUACAGGUCGAACCCAUCUGAGGGCAAGCUCAUCUUCUGCAAUGGGGCAGUUCUCCAUAGGUUGCAAUGUGUUCGUGGCUUUGGGGAAUGGAUUGACUCCAUUGUUGACUUCUCCUCCAACUUGCAGAGUAUGAACAUUGACAUUUCAGCUUUUUCCUGUAUUGCUGCACUGGCUAUGGUGACAGAGAGGCAUGGCUUGAAGGAACCCAAAAGAGUAGAAGAACUUCAGAACAAGAUUGUAAACUGCCUAAAGGACCAUGUGACAUUUAACAAUGGGGGUUUAAAUCGUCCCAACUACCUGUCCAAACUUUUGGGAAAACUACCAGAACUCAGAACCCUCUGCACACAGGGGCUCCAACGUAUCUUCUACCUAAAACUGGAGGACUUGGUGCCACCACCAGCUAUCAUCGAUAAGCUCUUUUUGGACACCUUACCUUUUUAAAUCAAGACUUUUCAGUGAACUUUUAUCGAUUUCCAGACCAAGAGGACUCUACCUUGUGAACUCAGCCAGAGGCACUAGGUGUGCCCGGGGCCAACAGUGACUAGUGGUGGCAAGUCUUGCCCAUCAGAGAGGAUGGGGGGAGGGGGCACUUCAGGAUCGACCGACAAAGCAGUUCAUCAACGAUUAUGAUUAAAAAAUAAUCCAUCUCUAGCAAUGACCUCAGUCCAUAGUAUUAAGGUGACCAAGUAAACCCUCCACCCACCCCCACCCCUCCUUAAAAGAGACUCUGUUGUAUAAGAAAACUGUAAUAUAUUGUGACAUACAUGUUCAGUGGAUGGCAUGAAGGAUACAAAAACCAAUCAUCAUAAUAAUAAGGCUUGUACAUGUAUAAGAUACAGUUUAGCUAUUUUUUAUCAUUUUUGUGCCUAUUUAUGACAAUUUGUGUUUGCAAAAAAAACAACAUAUGAUAAAAAAAAAAAAACUAAUAAUAAAACAAUUGCAUACAAAGGUAAAAGCAUGUUUCUACAGUGCUAGAUCCGGACAGACAAGAAACCUAUAGGCAGCUGCUCAGCCAGUGAUGUCUAUAAUAUAUAAAUAGUAUUCAGACACUAUGUAGUCUGCUAGAUUUUAUAAAGACUGGUAGCUGUCAGUAGGCACAGGUUUUACCGCACCCUAACGAUGACAGAAUACGCCAUGUGUGCACACUCCUUGUUUGUACGUGUUGUAUGUUCUCUUGAUGUUAAUACACCAUUUCUACAGCCUCCCGGCUCUCCUCUCCUCUCAGUUGUCUAGAAGGCUUCUUACAUUGAACUUGCAUGCAGCAGCAGUUUCUUCUUCUUCCAGGGACAUCAGUGCAGAGC